UAUCAUCUGGGUGAGUUGUCUGUUCGCUGAUUUCAGGUUGUUUAAGCUGAAAUUGACACACCGCAGACAGGUGGGGAGGAUGAGCUCAAGCUAUGGCACAAGAAGAAAGGUCCGACAGCAGCAGCUCUUCUGCAGCUUGGUGCCGUCUGAUCCUGAAACGCAGGCAGAGAUCCAGGAUCUCUUUAACAAAGUUAAAACCUUUAUGAAGCCGGUGGGUGAGGGAUGGCGCAUCCCGGAUCCUAAUGUUGCUCUCAAACACCCGGCAGAGGACCACCAACACCUGCAGGAGCUGAAGGCGUCUCUGAAUGCCGUGAAGAACCAGCUCAGUGACAAGAACAUACAAGUGUGGCACCAACACACCAACUCCACCAACCGAGCUGGGAAGGUGAUCGCUGCUGUUCGCUCGGCUGCCAACGCGGAGAUCUGCACUCAGGCCUGGUGCAAGUUCUACGAGAUCCUGGGGACCUUUGACCUUCUGCCAGAGGAGGCGCUUCAAAACGGGGAGCUGAACUCCGUCCAUCUCUGUGAAGCUCCAGGAGCGUUCAUCACCGCUCUCAAUCACUACAUGAAAACGAACGAGUCCACCCGCUACUGCGACUGGGGCUGGGUCGCCAACACCCUCAACCCGUACCACGAGGCCAACGGGGGGAGCACGACCAUCGUGGACGACCGGCUGAUCGCCAACACGCUGCCGUGGUGGUUCUUUGGCUCCGACAACACGGGGAACAUCAUGCACCAGAAGCACCUGCUGGAUCUGCAAGUGUUUGUGUCCAACAUGCGGCGGGUCGACGUGGUGACGGCCGACGGAAGCUUCGAUUGUCAGGAGAACCCAGACGAGCAGGAGGCGCUGGUGGCGUCGCUGCAUUACUGCGAGGCCGCUGCAGCGCUGCUCCUCCUGAGCCCCGGUGGCUCCUUCGUCCUGAAGAUGUUCACGCUGUAUGAACACUCCUCCGUCUGCUUGCUCUACCUGCUGAACUGCUGCUUCCGCUCUGUCAGCGUCUUCAAACCCGCCACCAGCAAAGCGGGGAACUCCGAGGUUUACGUCGUGUGUUUGAACUACGAGAGCAAGGAGGAGGUGAGGCCUCUGCUCUCCAAACUCAUCCGAAAUUAUGGCCCAAAUCUGGCUGACAGAGAGGCGUUGUUCCCCAGCUCGGUUAUCCCAGAGACGUUUCUGAAGCAGCAUGAGGAGUUGUGCUCCUACUUCCACACCCUGCAGGUGGAGACCAUCGGUGAAAACCUGCGACUGUUUGAAGGGAUGAGCACAGAGAGGAGGCAGCGGCUUGACCACAUCAGAGACUGUGUUGUGCAUGAAUACCUGCAGCGCUUCCAGGUGAGCUUUCUUCCCAGGAGUCGGUGGAUUUCCAGGAACACGGUGAGUCCCGCCUGCUGCAGCGUGUCAGCAGGUCGACCUCUGGGCCAGAAGAAGCAAACCGGCUCCUUCAACGAGCGCAGGGACCUGCAGAACCUGAGCUGGAGGGAGCGAAUUGGGCGGAGCUGCCAGGCUGCGUUGAUACAGAGUCACUGCACUGAGGACAGAGGGCUGGGCUGCGUGUUGGAAGGACCGCGCUCCAGCUGCUGUGUAGAUUCAUGGUAUGUUGUAACUGGAGCUGCGCUGCCUGCAGUCAGGAACUCUCCGUUCUGUGACUCAGCGCUGCUGAACCACCUGAACGAAGCCCUGCAGGGUGCAGCGGUGGACUGGACUCUAGUGACCCCCUGCCGCUCCUGCCGUGUGGCUUGCACUGCCUCCAUUUUGUCUGAAGCUGGAGGUGUUGAGGGGAGCAAAGAGAACAGGCGGUGUCUGGUGUUCGACAGCCGCACAUCGUGGGCUGCUGCUGCUGAGAGCCAAGUAGACAAUUUAGUUUUGACGUUCAGUGAAGAGCCUUCGAUUCCUCAGAGAGGCUGCAUCCUGCUGCACGACGGCGAGCCUCUGUACCAGCAGCAGCUGCUGGGAUGUGUCCUGCUUGCUCUGCAGACCCUGAGCGCCGGGGACGCCCUGCUGCUGCGGGUGUUUUCAGCUCUGACUCGAGUCACCGCUGCCGCUGUGUUCUGCCUGCACGCCUGUUUCCGCUCCAUCUCCUUCAGGUGUCCACCCCCGUCCGGCGGAGUUGGGGCCUUGCUGACGUGCGUCGGCUUCUGCCCCGAAGCGGCCGCUCCGAUGCUCCCGGUUCUGAGUGACGUGCAGAGCAGCAUCCAGCAGCUGAUUGGAGGAGAAGGAGACAUGGGGGAGAACCGAACACACGCGGGUGACAGACAGGUGCUGCAGUUUGUUCCCAUGGAGGAGCUGCUGAAAGGAGGACUAACAGAGUUCCUCUGGACCAUGAACUCUGAAAUCACCCAUCAGAAGCUGCACCUCCUGCUGCAGGAGGCAGCUUACUGAGUCUAAUGCUGCAGCGGAUUAUCACUCCAGAACAAUAAGACAUGUCCGUUUUUAUUUUUCCAACCCCAACUAACAGAAAAACAAACCUAAAGGAUCAGUCCACUAAGUAAAAGUAAAUUUUACUUCUUGAAUUUAAUUUUAUAAAUCAAAAUUAUGUACAGAACACUGCAAAUACACAAAGUUGUACCAAGCAAUUUUGGUUUUGUUUCUAGUACAAAUGUCUCGGUACAAUUGAAAUCAGACAAAACUUAUUUAAGCAAUUUUUAAUAGUUUGUUUGUAUUGAAGAAAAAAACACUAGUUCCACUGGCAGAUUAUUUAAUCUUUUCCCAUAUUUUAAGUGGAACUGGUACUUUUUCAUAAAUAUUAAGGAAUUAUUGACUUAAAAGUUACUUCUAAGUUAGUUUUGUCUUAUUUAUGUCUUAUAUAUUUCCUUUUCUUAUAUUUCAGAUAUUUUCACUAGAAACUAGGCUAAAAAUACUUGGCAAGACUUUCUAUUUUUGCAGUGAAGGAAAUACAUUUUCUUCAUUUUUUUUUUCAUUUUGAUGGUUAUGAAUUAGAAAUAAACAAUAUUCAGUUUCUCAGAAAAUUAGAAUAUUACAUAAGAUGAACUAAGAACAAUUAAUAUUAAUACAUGAAGGUCCUCUUAAUAUCGGCUUUGCGCUGCGUUUGCUUGAUUUACUGCAUCAGUGCGGCGUGGCAUGGAGACGUUUAGCCAAGCCUCUGCUGAAUAAGCCAAGUUUUAAUGGCGCCUUCAGCUUGUCUGCAUUGUUUCCUCCUGAAAAACUCUGUGUCUUAUAUUUUAUUUUAUUUGGGUUUUGGACAGGCAGGGUGGCUGUUGAUCACAGUGAUUCCACAUUUAUUAAAGAACCAACAUCAGCAGAGGACAUGGUUUCCACAUUACCGACUUUGCAAACUUUACACUGAACCUCGAGCAAAUCCUGUGAUUCCUAAUCCUUGAUUUAUAAUUUGAAUGCAUAUUUAUUCUAAAAGAGGACUUUGGACCACUGAGUUUAGUUAUAAUCUUUAGUUAUAAUCUCUGGCUCAGCACUGGCUUAAUGUAACUAGUGCACUAGUUUUAGAUUAAGUCCUAAAAAUACUGAUGAUUUAUAAAUCUCACGUGAUUUCUAGAAUGGCUUUUCCUUUCCCAACUUCUCGAGGAUGAAGUUAUGCCUUUUACAAGCACACUUUUUCCUUCCACUCAACUUUCUGAUGCUAUGUUCAUGCAGCCAUUUCCUUGAAGAAUUACAUUUUGUGACUUAUCUGCCUUGUUGGUCUUAUGUAAUAUUCUAAUAUGAUGUGAAAUUGCGUUUUAAUUCAAAUUGACAGAAAUAAUGAGUUGAUAGAUUUCAGUCUGUCUAAUUCUAUUAGUUUUACUUAUCAGUUAUGUUCUAACUCGUAUUGAAUGAGUAAAGAGCUUCGCUCAGUUAAACGGUCGUAGUUUUACCAGGAUGAACAAACAUAACCAGAGUUUCACACAUGAUUUAGUUCAGAGAAACGGAGAAGAGAAGAGAUUGGGAAGCAUUUGAAUCUUCCAAGACAACGAUGUUGCUGCUGUAACUUAUCUCGGCCCACGCCAUUAAUCUAACUUGUAUUUUAGUUUAAAAUUCCAUUCAAACAUUUAAAAAAUGAUAGAAUCAACAAAAUCAGAUUUUUAGGAAAGCAGUUUUUGUUUAAUAAUUUUAGUUUCAAAGUGCUAGAAAUCCAUUCUUUCACCGAAGUUUAAGAUUUAGCGCCAAACAAUCAUGAUGUCAAUAUUGACCUGAAUAAUUGUGAUUAUUACUUUAACAUUCAACCAGCCUUACAUAGUGCUAAAACUGAAUUCAGUAUUUUCAGGCAGCAACCAAAUGUUUGAACUAUCAAUCUUGUUUGGACGAACAUUGACGCUCUCCCACUUUGAAUAAACAGUGAACACAUUUUUAAUCUCUAAUAAUUUUCUUUUCAAAGCAGGAAGGAUGCAGCUGAUGUUAUGUUGCACCCACUGAGCUGAUUUGUGAAACUGCUCAGUACAAAGAUUCCUCUUUAUUUGAUUAAGAUUCAUAAGACCUGAAACAAGUUGCUCAAACAUGAUAAAUGAUCAUCUGCGAUUGAUUUGAGGUUAUCUGAUCAGGUCGGUGCUCCUGAUGUUUGAGCGUCCAACGUGUCAAAUUAAUUUAACCUUGUAAAUUUCUUUUACUCCUGCAGGCGAGAACUAAAACCUGCAAGGCUUGAAAAUGCAGAUUAUUUUCAGAAGAUGAUCAGCAGAACUGAUCUGUGAUUAAAGGGAGCUGAAUAAUAAUCCGUUAUAAAAUCCUCUGCACCAAACAAAGAGGCUCUGCGUUUCCCCCGAAGUGCCUGUUGUUUUUGUUACAAAUUAUUUUCUUACCACGAUGCUAAAGAUCUUUUAGCUCUCAUGGAUGUUGACGCUAAAUUCCUGUUAAUGCUUUUAAUUUCAGUUUUUCAUGCUUGGGGGAAGACAUGGUGCACUAAUCUGUUUUAUUUAUCAUGAAAGACUUCGUUCUUAUAGCUCUGAGUUUAGUUUAUUCUAUUUUGUAAGAGUCUGUAUAACUUAUUUUCUUAAGAAAAAAUAAAAAUGUGCACUGAAAUAAACUGCCGUUGAGGCUGAUUAAAUAUU